AGGAAGUUGCUUCCUCACCAAGUUUUUAAAUAUGACUACAUAUUACUCAUCAUCAUCCGAAGAAUCCGAUCCAGUGUCUUUUGAAAUUCCAAAGUAAUCCAGUUAGGCUUUUGCAGCUUCAAGCUCCAUCAGUUGUUUUUAAAGAUAAACUUGUCUGUUACUCUCUUACAUUUACAGACACACUUCUUUGUUACUCUUACAUUUACCUACACUUCUCCAGUUCUCUGUGCUUCCUACUUUCACUCUUACGCGCUGCGCGGAUCGGUUUCUUGAGAAGCUAACAUGGAGAAAGACGGAAAUAACUCUGCUGAUCCUCUCGCUGUGGGAGAAGCCACACAAGAACUUGGGCGUGAACCUUGUGAUGAUGAACAACCUCGUUAUGUUCCAACCGAGCUGGUCAAACCACCGUGUUCAAAUGAUGCUAGUGUAAUGUAUCAUUGCUACUUAAUUAAGCUGAAGCAGAAUAUUGAUUGCGAUAUUCCAGUUAGUGAUAUCGUACUUGCCACAAGGAAUAAACUUGAUUGUGAUACCAUUGCAAAUAUGAAUUUUGAAUUACAAGUUCAAAGGGGUCCUUUAGCAGUAAACUUUAAAUAUGCUGGAGAUGUUAAUCUAUGUUCAGAGCAGGUUCUUGUUUGCAGAAGGUUCCAAAUCACAAUUUUUCGGAUUCUGGUGGAUCAUGAAUUGACAAAGUUGGAGAAAGUUUUAGAAAGAUUUCAUUUGGGACAAAACUAUGGGACUGAAUCGAUUGAUUACCUUUUGCUACCAGCAGCAAGGAUACACCAGAGAGCUUCCAUCAUUGAUUUAGACACUGUUAUGUCUAUGUCGUCCCAUUGUAACAAAGAUUUUGGGAAUCGUGUUUGUGUAGAUUGUCCUCAACCAAACAACAAUUCCCAUGUUCCACUACAUACCAAAAAUGGUAUGGUUUGUACGUGCAGGAUCCAGAAUUCCGUGGUCUAUACGCCUCAUACCGAUGGCCUGUAUUGCAUCACUGGCCUGUUGGAUGACUUGACUGGAAACUCACUAAUGAGGGACAACAAAUCUAUUACCUACAAAGCCUACUAUGAAGCAAAGCAUGGGAUCAACAUGCGUUUUGAUCAACAGUUAUUGCUUAAUGGGCGAGGCAUCUUUCGGCUACAAAAUUAUCUUCUGUGGUCCAGACAACAGAGAAAAAGAGGAUCAAGUCAUGCAUCCGUUCAACUGCCGCCAGAACUUUGCACUAUAAUCAUGUCACCUAUAUCAAUCAGCAAUUUAUAUUCAUUCUCACUUGUUCCGUCCAUCAUGCAUCGGCUUGAGUCAUUACUACUCGCUGUCAACUUGAAACAGAUGAUUUUGGAUCAUUUGCCGCAAAAUGUUACCAUCCCAACCAUUAAGGUCUUGGAAUCUAUUACUACAGAAGGUUGCCAAGAGAACUUAGAUUUGGAAUCCUUGGAGACUCUUGGAGAUUCCUUUCUUAAGUAUGCUGCAAGUCAGCAGUUUUUCAAAACCUGUCAAAAUGAUCGUGAGGGCCUCCUUAGCGAAUAUAAGGAACACAUAAUUUCUAAUCUUUCCCUGGGCAAGCUUGGAUGUGACCGUAAAAUUUCGGGUUUUAUUCGUAACGAGACUUUUGAUCCAAAAAAGUGGAUUAUACCUGGAGAUUAUUGUAGAAGUUAUUUCUUAAAUGAGGAGUUGCUUUUUGAUAAAAGAAGCAUCUAUGUUGGGGGAACAAGGAAGAUCGAUGCUAAAAUUGUUGCGGACGUAGUUGAGGCACUAAUCGGUGCAUUUCUUAGCACAGGUGGUGAACUAGAUGCCAUAUAUUUCAUGAACUGGGUUGGUAUAGAGGUGGAUUUAGACCACAUACGAUAUGAGAGGCACUUACAAGUGCAGUCAGAGAUACCCGUUGAUGUUGGACAUUUAGAGUCAUUGCUUGACUAUAAAUUUCAGGAUCCUUCUCUUCUCGUGGAAGCAUUAAGCCAUGGUUCUUAUAUUCCCGGAGGUUACCAGCGGCUAGAAUUUCUUGGUGAUGCGGUGUUGGAUUAUAUGAUCACUACUUAUUUUUACGAUAAGUAUCCUGAGAUGAUGUCCCCAGGAAUUUUAACUAUUCUGAGGUCUGCCUCUGUGAACAAUAAGUGUUAUGCACUAUCUGCUGUGAAGGCUGGAUUACACAAGCACAUUCUUGCUUCGGACAUAGUCCACAGAAAUAUUGACCGCACAGUUAACAAUUUCGGAUCGCUAUCUAAGGAAUCAACUUCUGGAUUAAAAUCUGAGACAUACUUCAGCAAUGUACUUGCUGAUAUCGUUGAGGCUCUAGCAGGAGCAAUUUAUAUUGAUUCUGGAUACAACAAACAAAUCGUCUUUCAGAGCAUACGUCCUCUCUUGGAGCCCUUGGUUUCUCCAUACGAUCGUUCAUUCUGGAAGAGAUUCCAAGGUGUAUUGCCAAAAAAAAGCAUUAUGAAGUGCAGAAACCUGUCAAGUGCUUCCAAAGUGGUGCCGCUUCAAUAGAGGUUGAAGCGAUAUGGGUCACAUAGAAGCAGACAUCAACUUCUUCUAAUACGGACACAGUGAAAAAUUAAGCUCGCAAACAAGUUCUGAGGUCUCGAAAGGUCUUUGAAUUAAACAAUGGAAACAAGUUCAAAGGAUGUUCCAGCAUACAUAUAGCUUAAAAGACACUACGAAUAUUUGAUGAUGACUUACAUCUGUAUAUUGUGCACUUCUGCCUUUUAUAUGAUGCAAUAAACUACAAUUUUAACUGUGAAAAAAACCAAGGAAAAC